AGAUCGAGAUCGACCUCCGCUAACGAGCGACAAGAACCGUAACUGGCUGGCCGGCAUUUCUCACAAAUCAUUAAUUGUUGAAGUAUUGUUUUUUUUGUUGCUGGUAAGUCAUUAUAUUGUAUAGGUAACAUUAAAGUUUUAUUCAAUUGUACAAAAUUUGUUUAAAUAAGUAAUUUAUCUUUGUAAUGACUAUAAUAAUGCUUUGGUAUGUAACUCACUUUGAUUAGGUACCUAUAUUCAUUUGUAGUUCGUGGGAGAGCUCGAGUCCCUGACCUUGAGUAGUUCUACAUAUAUAGACCUCAUUCAUAAUCAAGUAGUUUAUUUUUUACCAUUAAUAUAAUUAAUUACUCUGGUACUACAAAAACAAGAAUAGUUUUUUAUUUAAAAUAAAUAUUGUAAUUUGACUAUAUUAGGUGUGUAUGUGUUGUAUGUGGCUAAAUUUUGAAGUAGCGCGGAUAACACUUGUACAGCUUAGAAUAAUUGUACAGUAGAGAAUCGGAGGUGCGAGUUAUUUGACUAAAUUUAAGUGUUGUUUAAGUAAAGAUCACUCUGGUUGGGAUUUCGUUAUCAAGAACAAGAAGCGUGCUAUCAACCGGCGCUGAGCGAGGGCCGGGGGCCGCGGAGGGGACGCGCAGGCUCCCUGCAGCGCAAUACCAUAUAUGGUUAUGAAAACUCACGAUUUGUGCGAUUGGUGGAGAGCUCGACGCGGUCGCGGGUAGGGGAGCCCGAUAACCAGCCUCAUAUAUACUCAGCUUGCCUCGAUCGCCGACAUUCCACGAAGUGUGCUCGAGUUGAGGUGUAGUGCAGCAUUACCGAGGCUGUACACUAGAGAUAUAACUUAUUUAUUUAAUAGGACUAUUUAAUUUAAAGUAAGUUGAUACUAUGAUGUGAUUUAUUUGUGAGUGAAUCUAUUUGUGGUUGUGAUUAAAGUAAUAGUGCUAUAGUGCAUGUGGGUCAGUGACACAGGGAUAGGUCGGUCGACCGCGAAUUAACGCCGACACCCCGGGAUGCCGGUUGCGGUAGGGCGUGGUCCGGAUUCAAAAGGGUUCAAUGAGUCUUAAUUGAAUCUUAUGUUUUAUUUUCAUUAGGGAAUUGGGAAAUAACAGUAUUUCGUAAUGAAAAUCUAAAAUGAUUUCUAGUUUUAAAAUUGCCAUGUCAACCACGCCACGUCCCCUCCUCGUGGCUUCUCGUUAGACCCGGCCUUAUUUGGUUUCAAUUUGCAACUUCGCCCACUGCAUAUUAUCAUACAAUGGUAUCUUGUUCGCCCACUGCAUAUAUAGAUAUUUCAAAAGGGUUUUGACUUAACUUUUAAAUUGGAUUUCAUUUAAAUAGUAAUUUUUUCAAAACGUGGCAAAUGCUUUCAUGAAAUUAAACUUAAAUGUUUUUUACAGAAGUAAUUCACAAUGUGCGACGAAGAAGUUGCCGCGCUGGUAGUGGACAAUGGAUCCGGUAUGUGCAAAGCCGGUUUUGCGGGCGACGACGCACCGCGUGCCGUAUUCCCCUCAAUUGUGGGUCGCCCUCGCCAUCAGGGUGUGAUGGUGGGUAUGGGACAGAAAGAUUCCUACGUGGGCGAUGAAGCACAGAGCAAGAGAGGUAUCCUCACCCUCAAAUACCCCAUCGAGCAUGGUAUCGUCACCAACUGGGACGACAUGGAGAAGAUCUGGCACCACACCUUCUACAAUGAACUCCGAGUCGCGCCCGAGGAACACCCCGUUCUGCUCACAGAGGCUCCCCUCAACCCCAAAGCCAACAGGUAGGUCGUGGGAGAAUUAAUGAUCCAGUGAUAAUUUUAUGAAUUCUUAAAGACAGCUGGUUAACCGCGGCCCUUUUUUUUUCAGAGAGAAGAUGACUCAGAUCAUGUUCGAGACCUUCAACACACCCGCCAUGUACGUGGCCAUCCAGGCUGUACUGUCACUGUACGCGUCCGGUCGUACCACCGGUAUCGUUCUUGACUCCGGUGACGGUGUCUCACACACAGUGCCCAUCUACGAGGGUUACGCGCUGCCCCAUGCCAUCCUCCGUCUGGACUUGGCCGGCCGUGACCUCACCGACUACCUAAUGAAGAUCCUUACAGAGCGAGGUUACUCAUUCACCACCACAGCCGAGCGGGAAAUCGUGCGUGACAUCAAGGAGAAACUGUGUUACGUCGCCCUCGACUUCGAGCAGGAGAUGGCCACCGCUGCCUCCAGCAGCUCCCUCGAGAAGUCCUAUGAACUUCCCGACGGUCAAGUCAUUACGAUUGGUAAUGAACGAUUCCGUUGCCCUGAAGCCCUAUUCCAACCCUCAUUCUUGGGUAUGGAAGCUUGCGGUAUCCACGAGACGACGUACAACUCGAUCAUGAAGUGCGACGUUGAUAUCCGUAAGGACUUGUACGCCAACACAGUAUUGUCCGGCGGUACCACCAUGUACCCCGGCAUCGCCGACCGUAUGCAGAAGGAGAUCACAGCGCUCGCUCCUUCCACAAUGAAGAUCAAAAUCAUUGCACCCCCGGAGAGGAAGUACUCCGUAUGGAUCGGAGGUUCCAUCCUCGCGUCCCUGUCGACCUUCCAACAGAUGUGGAUCUCGAAGCAGGAGUACGACGAGUCGGGCCCCUCGAUCGUGCACAGGAAGUGCUUCUAAGCGGCCGUGUGUCGCCGCCGCCCGGCCGGACCCGCGGCCGGCUGCUCAACUCAGGCUUGUAAUCUCCGUUAAUUUAAUUGUACGUAAGAUAUUAUAUGUAAUUAAAUCGUAAAUAGUGACGGCAGGACGGAGCGCGGCACCGCGGGCGCGCCUCGACCGCCGGCCUCGGUACUGCACUCGCCAAAGGAUCUUUUUGUAAUCUCAUGAAUGAUGAUUGUAUGUGCUGAAACGGAUAAGACUACUUUCUUACUAGGUCAUUUAUAAAUUAUAAAAGAUAAUGAAAAUACAUAAAAAAAUCCGUAAAAUUG